AAAAACAUUUUCCAUCUUUCACACACAUAUUCGCAUGCGGAACCCGGAAGCAGACACAAACUGGAUAAGCAGCAAGAAGCGGCGGACACAAAACCUUCUCACCAAAAACAUUGUAACUCUCGCGGUAAGCUCCUUAUCGUCUCAUUCCAAAUUCGCCUCAACCUUUGAAAGCACUGUAUAAAGUUCAUUUUCAUCUGGGUUCUCGAACUUGUUUUGUUCGUAGCAUGAGUUUUUGAGUUUUAUUGGUUGUUCUAUACUAGUAGUUCAGGUUAUGGAUUUGAUAGUACCUACAAGUCAUACCCAUGAAGGGCUUCGCUCAUUUCAGUACUUCAAUAGAUACACCACUAGAAGAAGUAGCUUUGCUGGAGCUAGAAUUAGGGGUAAUGAUGGUUCAAGCAGGAAAGUCCAUGUGGGGUUUAGAAAGUUAAGGAAGAGUAGGGUUUUUGCCGUUUCGGGAGUCGAAACUUUUCGUUCCAAUGGUAAAUUGCAAAAUCUCGACAAGCCUCUAAACGGGCAUAUGGGAAAUGGACAUGUUUCUUCGAGUUCUAUUGAGGAAUUUGAGAGCAAUAAUCAUCUUCGUAAAUUGGUCAGAAAUGGGGAAUUAGAAGAGGGUUUUAGGUUUCUUGAAAACAUGGUCUAUCGUGGGGAGAUUCCGGAUAUAAUUGCUUCCACGAGCCUAAUUCGAGGAUUUUGUAAGAUUGGAAAGACUAGGAAGGCGACUCGGAUCAUGGAGAUAAUAGAGGAUUCUGGAGCGGUUCCAGAUGUUAUAACUUAUAAUGUAUUGAUUAGUGGGUAUUGCAAGGCGGGAGAGAUUGAUAAUGCUUUAAGGGUUUUGGACCGGAUGAGUGUUGCCCCAGAUGUUGUUACAUAUAAUACGAUCUUGCGUACCUUGUGUGAUAGUGGGAAGUUGAAGCAAGCAAUGGAAGUUCUUGAUCGACAGCUGGAAAAGGAGUGUUAUCCAGAUGUGAUUACAUACACUAUACUGAUUGAGGCGACUUGUGCAGAAAGUGGGGUUGGACAGGCCAUGAAGCUCUUAGAUGAGAUGGGAAGCAGAGGAUGCAAACCGGAUGUGGUUACAUAUAAUGUUCUUGUCAAUGGGAUGUGCAAGGAAGGGAGAUUGGACGAAGCUAUCAAGUUCUUAAACAGCAUGCCAUCAUAUGGAUCCCAGCCUAAUGUCAUUACUCAUAAUAUUAUUUUGCGUAGCAUGUGUAGCACAGGCAGGUGGAUGGAUGCAGAGAAACUACUGACUGAAAUGGUUCGUAAGGGUUGUUCUCCAAGUGUUGUUACUUUCAAUAUCUUAAUUAAUUUCUUGUGCCGUAAGGGUUUACUAGGUCGAGCAAUUGACAUAUUGGAGAAGAUGCCAACGCAUGGAUGCACUCCAAAUUCCUUGAGCUACAAUCCAUUGCUCCAUGGCUUUUGCAAAGAAAAGAAGAUGGACAGGGCAAUUCAGUAUUUGGAGAUAAUGGUGUCUAGAGGCUGUUAUCCUGAUAUUGUGACCUAUAAUACUAUGCUCACAGCUUUAUGUAAAGAUGGGAAGGUUGAUGCUGCAGUUGAGCUACUUAAUCAGCUAAGUAGUAAAGGGUGCUCACCUGUUUUAAUCACCUACAAUACUGUGAUUGAUGGGCUCUCAAAGGUGGGGAAAACAGAUCAAGCUGUAGAACUACUGCAUGAGAUGCGUGGAAAGGGUUUGAAGCCUGAUGUCAUCACCUAUUCCUCACUUAUUGCUGGGCUUAGUAGAGAAGGAAAGGUUGAAGAAGCAAUCAAGUUUUUUCAUGAUGUGGAAGGAUUUGGGGUCAAACCCAAUGCUUUCACCUACAACUCUAUCAUGUUUGGACUUUGCAAGGCUCAACAGACUGAUCGUGCAAUUGACUUCCUGGCUUAUAUGAUAUCUAAGGGAUGUAAACCCACUGAAGUUUCAUACACCAUUCUCAUUGAAGGCAUAGCUAAUGAAGGUUUAGCUAAGGAGGCUUUGGAGUUGUUAAACGAGCUGUGCUCAAGAGGAGUUGUCAAGAAAAGCUCAGCAGAACAGGUGGUAGUCAGGCUGUAGCUUGCAAUUUGUGUCAUCUGUUGCACUGGAUUACUGGUCUCUAAUGUUACCUUGAUUUCACGAGCCUCGCUCUUUCUCAAUUAAUUAUUUUCAGGAGCUCAUCUCUUGCUUGAAUUUGCAAUUCACAAUAAGCAAAUUCAAGUUCAGUUUUGUUAGUCUGUGUAGCCCUUGUCCCCCAGUUCAUUUGGUCUUGGGUGUGCUCCAUGAUUCUGAUGAAUGCUCAGUCUAUCCUUGUUUGAGCUGCAAGUAAUACUUAUUCGAGCUUGCUCUCUUCUUCAUCUUGCACUUGAAAUCUUUUAUUAAUAUGAUGGUGUUUUUCAUAGUA